AUGUACAAAUUAAACCUCAUAGCACUCUUCGCAUUCAUCGCGGUCUGCAUCGCUCCUCUUUUGGCCGGUAAUCCUGCAGUAUACCGCACUUUCUUUCAAUGUUCAGGAACGCACCCUAUCUGUGCCAACACAUGGGGAAAACCGGAUAACAAGGGUUAUUAUGACAAAGUCACAGAAGUGAGCGAUGUUGAAAUCACUAAUACUAUAAUAUGCGGGUCUUGUCAGACGCGUUGCGGUCUUGUGGUCGGACUACCCGCUCUUGAGUAUCUGCACCUUCUCAGCCAGGCUGCCAGCUGGACGUGUUUGAAAAACUUUAAGAAUCGAGUGAGACAAAGCGAGAUCGCACUUCAAACGAAAUACGCUUACAACCCUAUCACCAACCUGAAAAGCACGGAUGUGCUCAUGGAAGCUCCUCAAGUAGAUCAGCAAGUCGAACCACGCUUUCUAUCGACUGACAUUCAACGUCUUCCCACUUUCUUUUGCAAGUCAGUCGCAACUGUCUACACCACCUGCUCUUCUCUCGUCAUGCCUUCGAACGCCGUUGCCGGAUUUCCUCUUGAUGAAAUCGAGAGUCAGCUUAAUAAAGAUGAAUGGAGGAUUCGCAAAGAGUAUCUUAGUGAUGGGCGUAGUAAAGUAGAGUGUUGGAUUCAAGGGGUCGGAUGGCCGGGCAAAACAUUUUGCGUUUGUGGUUGGCUCAUCGGCAUAGAUCGUAGAGAGUUUUGGCUGACUUAUUAUAGUGAGCUAUGUUUUACGCCUCGUUCAUUGACCAUGUUCUUAGUUGAUGACGGUACGGCUAUCUUAGAAUGCCGGAUUGCUAUAAAACAGCUUCAGGAUAUCGAUAGCUGCCGAAACGCGCCAAAUCAACCUAUCACAAGUCCUGAAAAUUCAGACAUGCCGACAAUGGAGACGGAAGAACUAGGACAUAUCUCCAAAACAUCAGAUCCUAAACUUGAUCCUUAUCGUAGACCGCCAAAACCCGCGAAGAAAACAUCGACUCAUCGGGACAAACUGCUUCCGGCCAAUCUGACAAUCCCUAUUCUUACCGACAUUGAAGUGCUCAUUGAAAAAUACCUGCAUAUCCCAAUAGGUACUACUUUGCGUAUUUCUGGUCACCCACGAGAGGUAUACAACGGUAGGACACGCAUUUUAGAAGUUGAUCGCUUCUCAUCGCUCGAUGACCCCAACGAGGAGAUCCGAUUUCGCAAGCAUCUCAUCCAUUCUCGUCGUCAUGUUUACAAUCGUUUGUUCCGGUUGAAAGACAUAUGUCCAGAAGCUCUGGCUCAGCCUCAAGAAUCAUCAAAGCGAAACAUCACUUGUGUUUCGCAAACAAAUGAAUCUAAUACUGAGGACACAAGCAAGUCGAUCAAGACAUCUGCAAGCCAAUCAAAGCGUCUUCGAUUACGCAAAGUGGAGGCUAUCAAACCCGAGGAAGCUACCUUUUCACUCUUUCUUACAUAUCUCGCACAUCAUAUCACGAAGACUUGCUCCACUCCGAAACCUCGUACCAAGCCUGGGCAUCUCCCCCCUCCCAAACCAAAGGAAACGGCUGUAUUCACAAUAUCAGACUUGACUGAAAACUCCGAAUUGAGGUCUCUUCUCGUCAAGGUGAUUCAUAAGAAGGAAUAUGAGCAACGAGCAACGAGCAGACCGUCCGAAAACUCUAGUACUUCAAAUUCACGUCUAGUUGGCCCUAAAGCCAAACCAAGCUUAUUGAUGAAUGCCCAAACCAAGGAGCUACAUAAGGAUGCGAAGACGACAAAGGAAUCUGAUAGUUGUACAUCUGUUUCCUCCAUGGCCGAUUUAGCAUCUUUCACAAGUAAAUUGACAAGUCAAGAGCUAGAGCAACAGAUCAAGGCUCAAUUCCGCAAGGCGAUGCAUAGACUAACCGUAAGAGGGAUUGUGAUUAUAUCACCUGAAUUUGAAGAUAAAUUUACAAUUCCAGAUUUACAUAGUCUCGGGAAAUUUUUAAGGAACAUCUUAAACCAAUCCUCAGGAUCAACUCGUAAAGUGAAUGGUUUCAAUCAAUUUUUCAAAUUAGAAACCAUCAUGUCUAGAUUAAAAAGAGAUGAAAUGUGGAAAUGGAUACAUGAAGAUAAAGUAUCAGAAGUUUUAGAAGGGAUGAUUGAGCUUGGUGAAGUUUGUAAAAUCUUUGAUGGAUUGGAUUGGAAAUGGUCAUUAAAAGAGGUUGUCCUUGUUGAAUGA